AUGAAACAGGAUGGCUCGGCACGGUCAACUCCCAAACGACCGGUGAAACAGGAGCAACGCCUUGUCCAGGGACGUCUUCGGAAAAUGUUCUCGUUUUGUGAUGCGAGCCAUCUGACAGUUUUUCGAGCAUUCUGGGAUGCCAUUGGGAUUUGGAUUCUGAGCUAUGUCAUUGUUGUUGCUGAGAGCAUGUCACAUUCUUGGGUUACGUAG